AAAAGAUGAUUUAGGCAUAGAAAACACAAGUCCAUGGACAUUUAUGAGUGAUAGGCAGAAGGGUUUGAUCAAUGUUGUCAAUGCAAUAUGGCCUGAAGCUCCACACAGAUUUUGUGUAAGACAUUUGCACCAAAACUUUGCAAGAAAUGGGUUUCGAGGUGAUAUCUUGAAGAACAAGCUGUGGCAAAUUGCAAGAGCCACAAGACAGUGUGACUGGCAUAUUUACAUGGAUGAGAUGAAAGCAUUGGAUGUUGCAGCAUUUGAGUACUUGGAUGCAAUUGAUCCAAGGCAGUGGUGCAAGGCAUUCUUUGAGGAAUUGCCCAAAUGUGACUUGCUGCUGAACAACAUAUGUGAAGUGUUCAACAGGUACAUACUUGAUGCUAGAGAACUACCGAUAGUUACUAGCCUGAAGAAGAUCAAAGAUCUGUUUUAA